CCUGAGAGUUGGCUCGUUGUUUCCGACUUCGAUUACACUCCCCUCAACGAGGAAGGCCCUUGUCUCAGUCGGGAGUUUAGAUUGCAUUUUAUCCCGUUAUUUCGUCCCUUUCCAAUCUAUUAGGUCAAUAUCGCUGUUGUUAACCAUGGCAGACGACGAAUUAGAGGCAAUUAGGCGGCAGAGAAUGGCGGAACUACAGGCAAAGCACGGGGAUUCUUCUAAUAAUCAGCAGCAAGGGGAGGAGGCCAAACAAAGAGAAAAAGACAUGAGGAACUCUAUUUUGGCUCAAGUUCUCGACCAGUCUGCCAGGGCCAGACUGAGCAACCUUGCUAUGGUGAAGCCGGAGAAGGCCAGCGCAGUUGAAAACUAUCUCAUUCAAAUGGCUCGUUUUGGAUCUUUGGGAGGAAAGAUUUCGGAGUCAGGCUUGAUCGAGAUUCUAGAAAAAGUGAGUCAGCAAACAGAGAAGAAGACGACAGUCAAAUUCGACAGGCGUAGGGUGAUGGACUCGGAUGAUGAUGAAGAUGAUUACUAACUUUUAAUGGGAACCGCCAAGAUAUCUGGAGAGGAUUUGCUUCACUGAGACUCUGACAACAUCCAUGACCUGUUUACUGAAUCCUGGUGUGCCACACAGACGUCGGCGUGUCUCUGGAAACUACAUCACCAGGAGGGAAGAACAAAGUGGAGUUGACCUUGUGGCGUAAGAGUUGGGGGUUAUAACACUCGCCGUCAAAUAGGAUGUUCUUUUGUGAUCUCUUUUCAAUUAAGUUAGCUACAAAUUUGCUCUGCUUGUGUCGCACCCCCGACAGUUACACCGGUUGGCUCCUCUAGUUCCUCUCUAUAGUCACCUUUUCCCUUUACUUUUAUCGUGUUUGACUUUGGUUUUUCAAUCACAAGAAGACAGAUAAAAUACAAACCGUUUUAUCCAGAUUGUUCAAAGCCUUUUUCAGUUUUUUUAGGGCCAGCAUCAGUUUAAGUUCUGUUGUUGCACUUUGAUAUUUUCAUUUUGCUGACAUGUUUAAAGGUUUACAUUAAAAAAGAAAAGAAAAAGUCUUA